UUCCUUCGCAACGCGUUAUUUUGACUGCGAGGCCGAGUCAUCUCCCACCUUUCGUAGCGUUCUCUUUGACCCGUCGGUAGGCGAGAAUUUCCACAGAGUGUUGGAGAAAGAUACUACCUUUGUUCUUGUUUCUUCCAACGACCUAUUCGGUGGAAGAAGGGAACAAGAUGGUGCAAUCUUCCUGUUGCCGGCGGAUUGCCCGAUUGUUCGGUUGGCGCGGAGGGGGAUCUGGCGGCGCCGGCGGCGUUAGCGGCGUCGGUGAUGGCCUGCUUUGGCACAUGGAACUCAAGCCCCACGCUUCCGGCGACUUCUCCAUCGCCGUGGCCCAGGCUAAUUCCUCCCUCGAAGACCAAGGCCAGGUUCUCACAUCUCCGUUCGGUACUUACGUCGGCGUCUUCGACGGCCAUGGCGGCCCAGAGGCAUCGCGAUUCGUCAAUACCCGCCUCUUCGGUCACCUCCAAAAAUUUGCUUCGGAGCAAGGGGGUUUAUCGGCUGAGGUUAUGAGAAAGGCUUUCGCUGCGACGGAGGAGGAGUUUCUUCAUCUGGUGAAGCAUUCGUGGAUUAAGCGGCCUCAGAUCGCGUCAGUGGGAUCCUGCUGCCUUGUGGGGGCGAUUACGAAUGACAUGAUAUAUGUGGCGAACCUGGGGGACUCGAGGGCGGUGCUCGGCCGGCGGGGGGCGAACGGUAGGUCGGUGGUGGCGGAGCGGCUCUCGAGCGAUCACAACGUUGCGGUGGAGGAGGUGAGAAAGGAGCUCACCGAGAUGCAUCCGGAUGACUCCCACAUAGUUGUAUAUACCAGAGGGGUUUGGCGGAUUAAAGGGAUCAUACAGGUAUCGAGAUCCAUCGGUGAUGUGUACUUGAAGAGACCUGAUUUCUGUAGAGACCCAUUGUUCCAACAGAUUGUUUGUCCCAUUCCCUUGAAAAGGCCUGUCAUGACCGCAGAACCCACUAUUCAGGUUCGCAGGCUUAAACCAAACGACUUGUUCUUAAUAUUUGCAUCAGAUGGUCUCUGGGAACAACUAAAUGAUGAAGAUGCGGUUGAAAUAGUCUUCAAAAAUCCCAGAGCAGGCAUAGCCAAGAGAUUAGUGAAAGCUGCCCUCAAUGUGGCUGCAAAGAAAAGGGAGAUGAGAUAUGAUGAUAUCAAAAAGAUCGACAGGGGCAUAAGAAGGCAUUUCCAUGAUGACAUUACUGUCAUAGUUAUAUACCUUGACCACUGCCAUGCUGGUUCAUCAAAACUUCAUAGCAGCUUGGUUGACUGCACCAAUGCACCUAUUGAUAUCUUCUCUAUGAGUGCUGAUGAAUCAUAAUUAUCCUUGUGCGAUAGAUACAGGCUCUCAUCCCUGUGAAUACAGAUUAGAAGAAUGGAGCAAAUACAGCAUAGAUUAGUUUCAGAGAUGAGUUCCUCUUACUGGUUGAUGUACAGAUGUAACUAGCUAACUGGCACUGGUCUUGAGAUGAUCAUUGGAGUUGCUGUACAAAGCUGGAGCAUCUGAAAGACGUUUGAUAUGUUACAUUUUACAGAGUAUAGAGCAAUAUAGUGGUUGAUUCUUCUUAGAGAAUGACGGUGAUUAUUCUGUGCGGACGU